AUGCUAACUGCUCUUUGUCUUGAUAAAAAUAAUUUAUUUUUUUCUGAACCAUAUCAUAAAAUAGCAGGAGAAGAAAAUUACCAGAAUUACGAAUUAAACAGGGUUCUUGCAGAACAAAUUUACGAAAACAUAAAGAACAAUUUUAAUUAUAUAAAAGAAACUCAAUAUAAUUUAAAUAAAAAUAAUACUUAUCAAAAAGAUAAUUUGCAAUCUCUAUUAGAAAAUACAGAAUUGAUCAAUAAUAAAUGUAACAAAAAAUUCGGAGGCACAGGCAAAAUAUAUUGUGAAAAUUCAGAAGAUAAUAAAAGAAAUUUAUUAAAUAAUGCUGAAUUUAUAAAAUUUAACAAUACAAAUAUAACUCAUCUUAAAACUCAUAAUACAUUAAAAAAUAAUAAAAAUAGCAUAGAAAUUCAUCAGCAUAUCCCAUCUUUAAAUUCUGAAAACUUUGCAAAAUUUAAUAGUACUAACAAAACUGAAACUUUAGAUAAAAAAGAGGAAAACAUGUGUGACCCAAGAUAUAACGAAUAUCCACCUAUGAACGGUUUUGGGUACAACCACCAUAACACAACUAAUGGAAAUGGAUUUUAUGCAAACACAUUUAAUAAAGAGCUUGCAAAUUUAACAAUGCAGCAACAUAAUAUGCAUGGAAGAAACAACUUAAUGUUCGAGGAUGGUAAUGUUCCAUAUGGUCUUUACGAUCAAUCAAAUUUUGCAGGAACGAAUUCUUUGAUGUGUGGAAAUAUUCCUUUGAAUGAACCCAAAAUGAUGUAUAGGAGAAAUGGAAUGAACGAACAACCAUAUAAUAAUUAUAUGAUGGCUAAUGGAUUGGGAUAUAACUACCCUGCAUAUGGGCAACAAUUUAACCCUAAUAUGAAGGGAAACAUGAUGAAUGGAGGAUACAUGCAUGAAUGCCAUUAUUCUAAUAAUGCCAAUAGUGCCAUAUCUAAAUCUGCUUGUGGUAGCAUUAUUGAUAAGGAUCAUAAAAAAGAAGCGUGUAGAAAGAAUAUAUCAAAAGUAAAAAAGGGUGAUAUAGAUAUUAAUAUAGAAACCUCCUCCUCAAAUCGUAAAGGUGUUACUAUUGAUUUAAAUAUUGGUAUGGGAAAUUAA